AUGAAAGAAAAGAUCUCAGACGUAGGCCAAGUCACACAUGUCUUCUACCUCGCGUACAAGGCCCACACUGACCGCAAUUAUGAGGCCGAGUGUCACGAGAACAUUGAGAUGUUCAAGAGAGCAGUUGCAGCUGUAGACAUUCUCUCUCCGGUGCUUGAGCUUGUCGUACUUCAGACCGGCUCGAAGGCUUAUGGCUGUCAUCUUCUCCGCAAUCGCCCCAGCAACAUGAUUACGCCGAUGAAAGAGACGCUGCCGAGAAUGAGCCCGCCGCACGAUGCAGGCCUCUUCUACUAUCCGCAACUUGAUUGGAUCGCCGAGUAUUCAAAGGCCAAAAGCUGGACAUGGUUGGAGACCAGACCGGAUAUCGUCGUUGGUUUCGUGCCGAACGGCAAUUGGUAUUCCCUCGGGACCGUCUUGGGCAUCUUCUUCAGCCUGUACCGACACAUCCAUGGAGCCGAUGCUGAGUGUCCAUUCCCUGGUUCCCUCGAUAGUUGGAACGCGCUGAGCGUCGAUGCCUCGGCCGACAUGAUCGCGCGGCAGACUCUUCACCUGUCAACCACAGCCGUCCAGUCUGUCAAGAAAGGCGAUGCAUUUAACGUUGGCGAUGCAAAGAGGCCUUCGUGCUGGCGAGAAAAAUGGCCAGUGCUGUGCGAGUACUUCGGUUUGAAGGGGGUGAAGAGCGAGCAAGAUAACCCGAUCGAGGUGCGAAAGUUCAUCCGAGAGAAUCUUUCGGCGUGGAGCGAACUGGAGGGCAGGUACGGGCUCGAAAAGGGCCAUGCCGACAACCCCAUGAUCUAUCCCGGAUUCGAGUACUUUCUCCUCACGCAGUUCGAUACCGACCGGCAUUUCGACAUGUCGAAGAUGUACGCCACGGGUUUCGGCGAGGAGCGAUCGACAAUUGAGGCCUGGGGCAAGGUGUUUGACCGGAUGAGAGAGGCCAAGAUCAUCCCUUCUGGUUUCUGA